GAAUUUCAAUAACUGUAACCGAUUAAAAAUUUCAAUGGUUUCUCUUCUGUGGCAGUAGCUGCGCUUCGCAAGCAUUUUAAUGUGUAAAUAUCGAAAUCUAUAACCAUCAUAAAAUAAUUAAUAAUUUGUGCGGAACACUGCGGAUAAAUUAAAGACUUUAAAAUGGUGCGAAUGAAUGUUCUUGCGGACACAUUAAAGUCCAUAAACAAUGCAGAGAAACGAGGUAAAAGACAAGUGCUCAUCAGGCCGUGUUCAAAAGUCAUUAUCAAAUUCCUAACAGUCAUGAUGAAACAUGGUUACAUUGGGGAGUUUGAAAUAGUAGAUGAUCACAGAGCAGGAAAAAUUGUAGUAAACCUUACUGGAAGGUUAAACAAAUGUGGUGUAAUCAGUCCACGCUUUGAUGUACAGCUAAGAGAUCUUGAAAAAUGGAUGAGGAAUCUUCUUCCAUCCAGACAGUUUGGGUAUUUGGUAUUAACGACAUCUGGUGGUAUAAUGGACCACGAAGAAGCAAGGAGGAAGCAUCUUGGAGGGAAAAUACUAGGGUUUUUCUUCUAAUGUAAUACACAUUCACAAUAAAUUUAAAAUAAAAAAAAAAGCUAAAA